GGCAGGAUGAUGAACAGGUCUGGCGGACCCCCAGGGGAGGAGCUCACAGAUGAGGAAAAAGAGAUCAUCAACAGUGUACUGGCUCGCGCGGCCAUGAUGGAGGCCAAGGAGCAGCAGAGGAUUGAGCGUCUCUCCAGUCGCCUGGAUGAUAUCAAGAAAACAGCGUGCGGCGAUGGACAGUCACACUGUCUGCUGUGUGGGGCGUCAUUCGGAUCACAGGGGGUCACAGCUGUCCUCUGCGUGCAGUGCAAGAAUCACAUGUGCAGCAAAUGUGGGAUCUGGAGCAACAGCCGGACGUGUCCUGUGUGGCUGUGCAGAAUCUGCAACGAGCACCAAGAGGUGCACAAACGUUCCGGAGCUUGGUUCUUCAAGGGAAGAGAGCAGCAGGGUCUGCCGUCCCCACUCCGUCUGUCCGGAUCUCGACAGGCCAGCACUGAGAAUGAUGGACCACAGGAACCUUCAACAAAUUAUCAUCCGAGACACGACUUGAGCACAGAGCCGCAGCAGCAGCAGCAGCAGUCCUGUGGAUCAGAACAAUGGGAGCAGACAGCAAGAACAACAGCUGACAGCUAUAAUGAGAGUCAGCCUCGUCGAGCAGCUGUAAUGAAGACAGAGGGACAUGUGUUCGCCUCCAAACCACCUCGGCCAAACGCACAGCAGGCCACCGUCUCCUCAGCUCCCGCUGCAGAUGUGGAAAACAAACGUUCAGAGAGGGACGAGACGCUAUCCCUUCCAGCUGUGGAGGACAAAAGACAACCUGUUGUCUCCAGUUCCUUUUCAUCUCAUCUUCCUGCAGCCAGAACUAUUCCACCUGUUAAUCCCCCGGCAAACAAUCCCACUCCCCCAAGACCAACACCAGAUCGAACAGAGGAUGAGGACAAUGACUACGACUCGGAUGAUGCCACUACUCUGGGGUCUCUGGAGUUCAGUCUUCUUUACGAACAGGAGAGCCACGCCCUGCACUGUUGUAUCAUUAAAGCUAAGGGUUUGAAGCCGAUGGACUCAAAUGGACUUGCUGACCCGUAUGUGAAGCUGCACCUGUUACCUGGAGCCAGUAAGUCUAACAAGCUUCGCACCAAGACACUGAAAAACACUCUGAAUCCCGUGUGGAAUGAGACGCUUAUCUACCACGGUAUCAACAAUGAUGAAAUGUCGCGCAAAACUCUCCGGCUUUCAGUGAGUGACGAGGACAAGUUUGGACACAAUGAAUUCAUAGGAGAGACCCGAGUUGCACUGAAGAAACUGACGUUUAACCAGAAGAAGAACUUCAGUGUUUGUUUGGAGAGAGUGAUCCCGGUGAAGAAGGCUGUAGGAGGCUCAGCCCGCGGCAUGGCCCUCUAUGAGGAGGAUCUGAAUGAAGGGGACGAUUCAGAGGAAAGAGGUCGUAUCAUGGUAUCACUGAUGUACAACAGUCAGCAGGGUCGUCUUGUAGUGGGCGUGGUCCGCUGUGCUCAUCUGGCGGCCAUGGACUCCAACGGAUACUCUGACCCCUUCGUCAAAAUAUGUCUAAAGCCAGACAUGGGAAAGAAAGCUAAAAACAAGACGCAGAUAAAAAAGAAGACCCUCAAUCCAGAAUUUAAUGAGGAAUUCAGUUAUGAAAUAAAGCACGGGGACCUUGCCAAGAAAACCCUGGACAUCUCAGUCUGGGACUAUGACAUGGGCAAAUCCAAUGAUUUCAUUGGAGGAUGUCAGUUAGGCAUCCAGGCUAAAGGAGAGUGUCUGAAGCACUGGUACGACUGCCUCAAGAACAAAGACAAGAAGAUUGAGUGCUGGCAUGUUCUGUUAAAUGACAACACUGUUCACUUUGAGGAUUAAAACAACAUCUCCUCUCCAUAUAUGUAUUGUCUUUGUCUCUCUCAUUCUCCCCGUAGAAUAUAGUCCUCCUAUGAGCACAUACUUCUAUUUGGAUUGUCCAAAAGUGCAAUGUACAAGCGACAUUUCCAGCAGUUAUCAGGUGACUAUCAUGGAUGUUGUCCCUGAGUGACCAGUAAUCAAAACCAGGAAGCUGUAAUUUGACCAUAUUCACUGAUAUCACACUCAAUCUGGAUGCAGAAAUGAUUGAAGAGCGAUUAACGUGUUUUAUGGAGACAAAAACCCCGUUGUUAUCAUUGUCUUUGAGAUAACGUGUACCGCCAAGUUCAAACCCAACUAAGGGAAUUCCCACUUUUCUGUCUCUAACCUCUUUCCCAUGUGAUUAGUGCUCUUGUCAUAUGGGAUCAUGUUGCGUGUCAUCAGCUGAUCUAUGUGACCACGUCGCUCAAGUGCUUGCAUCACCGAAACAUGCAUUUAUCUUGUGUUACCAUGAAUAACUAUCAUGCAUUGUGCAAAUGUUAAGUGAACGGACUCUCUCUUGUUGUUGAUGUGUUAUGCUUUUGACACAGAUAAAAUAUUGGUCUCAUUCAUCACCGACAUGACAGUAUCUUCUCCUGUGCAUGUGUGAGCUUUCUGUCUUUCUACUGCAGAAAUUAAAAAAAACAAACAAAUGAUUCUGCAUGACAUCUUAUUAUGAAGAUCAAAUUCAAGUACGCAACGUAAGCACAGUUCCUGGGAUCUCAUGAAAUAUAUUGGGAUCCCCACAGAUAUAUUCAAUGGAUGUAUUCUGAUGCCAUACAAAUUCCACAUUUGUCCUCUGUAUUCAUAUUGAUGCAUGUCCAAUAAAUAAAAAAAAACA